GGCGGGCGCUGGAUGCGGGGGCGGGCGGGCGGCAGCCGAGCGGCGCGAUGAGCGCGGGCAGCGGCGCCGCGGCGGGCACCGCCACCUCCGCGCUCUGCCUGCUCCUCUCGCUCACCGCCGUGGCCGUCUGCCUGCUGCUGGGAGCCAAGACGGCCGAGCUGCAGGGACGCCUCGCCGCCCUGGAGGAGCGCGGCGCCGCCGGGCACGGGCCGCUGCUGGAUGCGCUGCAGCCGCGCCUGGAGCAGCUCUGCCGCGAGAAACUGGGUGAAGGACUAGCAAAGCUGCGGACGGCGCGAGAGGCUCCGUCAGACUGCAUGUGCCCCCCAGGCCCUCCUGGGAGACGGGGGAAGCCUGGCCGGCGCGGAGAACCCGGUAAGCAUCACCUUUCCCCAGGGCAGUCAGGACGCGAUGGUUACCCGGGCCCUCUUGGUUUGGAUGGCAAACCAGGACCUCCAGGACCAAAAGGGGAAAAGGGUGAAGCAGGGGACAUCGGCCCAAGAGGCGAUCAAGGUCGAGAUGGAGCCACUGGUCCCCCUGGUCCACCAGGACCCCCAGGUGCCCGCGGGCCUCCUGGUGACACGGGAAAAGAUGGCCCAAGAGGACCUUCAGGGCCGCCUGGUCCCAAGGGUGAGCCAGGAGAGGAUGGCCUCAUGGGUGCCAGGGGACCUCCAGGACCAAAGGGUGAACCUGGCAUCCAAGGGAAAAAGGGUGAUGACGGGAUCCCUGGGGAACCAGGACUUAUGGGCCCUAAGGGAGAAAAAGGAAGCGUGGGUCCCAAGGGGGAGAACGGCACAGAUGGCUUGCCAGGACCCAAGGGUGAAGCUGGUGAGAAGGGAGGAAUCGGCUCCAUUGGCCCCCGGGGUCCCCCCGGCCUGAAAGGGGAACAGGGUGACACUGUGGUGAUUGACUACGAUGGCCGAAUCCUGGAUGCACUCAAGGGUUCACCGGGUCCCCCAGGGCCACCAGGCCCCCAAGGCGCUCCAGGUCCCAAGGGAGAGCUGGGCUUGCCGGGUCCACCUGGACUGGAUGGUGAAAAGGGUCCCAAAGGAGCGAAGGGUGACCAGGGCAGCACGGGGAUCACAGGACAGAAAGGAGAGACAGGAGAAAUGGGUUUAUCAGGUCCACCGGGAGCAGAAGGGCCAAAAGGAGACAAAGGAGAAAAAGGAGACACUGGGUCACCAUGUUUGCAGAAUAAUCAUAUCAUACCUGAGCCUGGACCCCCCGGAUUACCCGGCCCUAUGGGUCCUCCAGGAAUCCAAGGGCCUAAAGGCUUGGAUGGUGCAAAGGGAGAAAAAGGUGACAGCGGUGAGAAGGGGGACCAGGGCGACACUGGACCUGCUGGGCUCCCGGGUCCUCCAGGACUCAUCGGUUUACCCGGUACCAAAGGAGAGAAGGGAAAGCCGGGAGAGCCAGGAUUGGAUGGUUUCCCAGGUCUCAGAGGAGAGAAGGGAGAAAGAGGAGAAAGAGGAGAGAAGGGCGAGCGAGGAAUACCGGGGAGAAAAGGAGCCAAAGGGCUGAAGGGGGAACCAGGCCCUCCCGGACUGGAUCAGCCUUGUCCCGUGAGAGAUCAUAGCAUUGCAGGCAUCAAAGGGGACUCGGGUUUACCAGGCCUGGAGGGGGUGAGCAUGCCCUGCCCUUUGGUACAGUAUCUGCUCUCUUCCUUUCUUGCAUGGCUUGUGUGUGUGUUUCUGCUGUGGCCAAGUCCUGUCCCAAGGAGCAAAUCCCUCCUGGAAGAGGAAGGACACAAGGCAGCAGAGCUGGAACACAUUUUGCUUUGGUUUUGGCAGACGGAUGCCAGUGUGUUGUGCCUUGUGCCUCCCAGUUAAUUACUUUAGAUAAGGUGUGUAAGCAAUGAGGGAUCACACACAAGAUGCUUGCCCCUUUAUGGUUCCAGAGGCUAAAAAUCAGCUGGUUUCUCUCAGCACCUAUGGCCCAGUUUGGUUCCCUCCGUGCCUGUGCUCUGCAGCCCUGCGAGUCCCAUUCCCAAAUGGGUUUUGAACAGUUUUCCCCAGAUGAACAGCCAGUGGUGGCUGGAGGUCACCGGCUCUCUGGGUGUUGGAAGGGCAUUUGCUGUGUCAGCUCUGCCGCGCAGAGCUCAGGUUAAAGUCCAUCGCCUAUCCAGGAAGGUCCGUGCUCUGCUCCCCAACAAGGCACUGCAUGACUAGCUAAAAAAGGGCAUUGCUUUAUUUUCAUUUUUUUAACCAUAGAAAAUGCUGCAUGCUAGAUGAUUUGCAGUUGUUUCCAGAGAAACAAAAGGGCAGCAAACUGUCUCUCUUUCAAAAAGUUAAACUACUUUCAUAUGUGUCAAAGAAACCAAUUACUACCAGCAGACCCACUUCAACCCUUCGUAUUCCCUCCCUCAGGAGGUUGUAUUUGCCACCUAUUUCCCGUCUUAACUAUGCAGAAAACACAAGAUCUGUGUGUAUUGAAGGCAUUGUAACUGCAAUAGGUGAUUUCUCCAGUACUAACUACUACACGACUAGUUAGUAAAGCAUUUGCACAUCUUCCCACUGAUGUAUGUGAAGGGUUCAUUGCAAGCUGACUGAGAAUGUUGUCUUCUCUCCACCCCACCGUGCGGUAGAGGCUUGCUGGGUUCUCAGCUAUGGUUUCAGGCCAAGAGCAUGAGCUUACAUGCACGUUGCAAAGCUCUUUUUAAGUUGACCAGUCAUUUUGGAAUCACUCAAGUGAAAUAUGGUAGAAAGGCAUGGAAUUAUGACGGCCAAAUUUUGAGUGCAUGGGAAGAAAAAGCUCAGGGCAGGAAUCAGCCCCGUCACUGUCGGUGUUAGGAUGUGCUUUUAACAGUAGGUCACGGUCUUUGUAGUCUAAGAACUGCUCUGUGCUUUGUCCCCCUUACCCUUCACUGCCAGACAACUCUGGAAAAUGUACAAGUUGUAUUUUUCUUUCUUUAAUGAGUAGUUAUGGACCAAAAUACUGGUGUCAGCAGAAACUGUGUAAGAUUUCUAACUAAUGUUACAGGAAAGCAUGUGAAAAUAACUUGACCUGUUCACUACGAGUAGCUGGAGAGGGUAACCUUCACUGCAUCUGUUUUAUUGGACAUAGGCUAUUUUACAUAUAAAAUCAAUACAGAAUACAAAAAAUGUGAUGACUGACAUUUACAGUAAAAAAAUGUAAAAAUGCAUUUUGACCUAUAUUUGCACUAGCAGUUCUCUCCACUGCGUACGCAUCCUCGUGGCUUCCCACCCCUAGUGAAUUUGGAGGUGGCUGAGGGAAGGGUCAGUGCACGUGUGCUCUCUGUAGCUCUACAUGCAGAAAUUUAUACAGUUAAAAGAGAUCCAAGAGCCUUAAAAAAAAAUCCAGCAUCAGAAAAGGCAGCUGAAGUCGGCUAUUUCUUCUAAUGUAUCUUGAAAGAGUUGGUCUUACAUAGUCCGUUCCUCUUCUAAGGGGCUCCUUCCUUUUCAGAGUUUCCCUCCUGGUAAGUAAGCUCUUCUGGCUUUCUGACUUCUGUACGUUUCUUGAAUCUCCAUCAAAAAAAAGACAAAUGUUUUCACUCCCUUUACACAGUCCAAAACUCAUCCAAUUUCAAUCAGUUCAGCAAAUCAAGAUUUCUUAAAUGAAACUAAGUACUGCAGGAUUGAAUUUAACACAAUUAGGGUAUCAUCCGGGGGGAAAAAAAAAUACAUCACCACCCCCAAACUGAAAAGCACAUAUUAACAAAAAAUACGUUUCCACAUCACGCUUUCCAUAUAUAUGUCUGAUUGCAAAAACCACUACCUUAUAAAGCAGAUUCUAAAGUUAAUUAACUAUAAUUCCAAAUUUUUAUGUUCAUUUACAUUUUCUUUUUUGUUUAAAGGAAAACAAAAGUGUAGAUCUUAUUUUAUUUUUUACCUAGGGUGCCUUGAAUCUUGUGUUGUGUGCAUUUAGUUUUGUGUUGUGCGUGACACAUGGAUUACAUUGCACAUACAUUUUUGUGCAUAUACAGUAAAUGGGCUUUGCAUGGUAAUUAAUGGUGUUGCUAAACCUGUCGUUGUUGUGAGGACUGAAUGCCAGGUUUUGGGGUCUGACAAGUCACUGUUAACAGAAAUUACAUCUGUGAAUUCAAUUUUGCAGGGACCGGAUGGACUGCCAGUAGCAGGAUGUUGGCAUAAGGUACAGUAAUAAUAAUAAUUGCAUAUCCUUGAGCAGGUCCUGAGUAAUUUUGUGUGCUGCACGGUGAUAUUUUGUAGUGCACUUCCUUUAAGUAAUAGGUUACACGCCUGGUGGACAUACCACCAUGGCUUGGAAGAGCAGGAUUCCAUCUAGCUUCAGGUCUUGUUCCCCACAGCUGUAGACUGGUGCUAGGGACACCGCUCCAAAAUCUUGCUGCAUGUGAAAAAUCAUGCUUAUUAAUAUUGCCAGUAGCAACACCUUUUUUCAGGCUCACUCUGACCAGGCUUCCAUCCUAGUCCAGCUGGUUUAGGAACCACUCAUGUACUGACUGCACCACUGCAAAAUGUGCUUUGGUGACUUAGACCAUACCCUCUAAUGGAGACUUUUACAGAGGGUUACCUCUUUGUCACGGAGUUACAAAAUGUUUAUUUCCGAACAAAGAUUUUUCUGUUAUUGUAUUUAAAAUCCAAAGCCAUGGCACUUCUUCAGUGCUGGAAUCAGGUUGCAUACGGCCAGGUUAAUUCGUAGGGUCUCACGUACCCAGAACAGCCAGUAGUUUUAAAUGCUAUAGGCAGCCCAGGAGAACGAGCAGUGAUGCAUCCCUCCGUAAGCUGAGCAUCUCAUCGAGACUUGUAGGAGGGUGCUUAACCUCGUUCUCCAACAAAGGUGUGACACUGAAGCUGAGUGGAAUUGCUAACCCAGUUUAGACCAUGUGGUUAUAUGGAUACAGUUGGAGUUAAUGGCAAGCAUGUUACUAACUGGCUGCAAAUCCCUUCUUAGAAUGUGAGCACGCCCUUAGCAUCUAGAAGUGUUUAAUUCUGUGGUGAGUCUUUUGGAUGCACUCUUAAUAUUAAAAGAAAUCUGAAUGCCAGUCCUUAGAAUAUUAACAUGAUGAUUAGUAAGUGUAAUGAAUGGAAUGUUUCUCUUUGAUUAAGAUGUUUGUCUGUGUGUUCUUUUUCAGUGAUCUCUAAGCAUGAAGCACAAUAUGUAAAUACUGUGAUAUAUUUUGAUCUUUUUAAUUUUUGUAUAAAAAAAGGAAAAAAAACUUCCAACAGUAAUAUAUUGACCUUUUUUUAUACUGGAUUCUGUCAUUUAUGGACUUUGAAAAUAUUGUAAAGUUCCCAAACCCAUACAAUACGCAUGAUAACACCAGGAUUUGAUAAAGGUAUCAAAGACCGAGGCUGGGAAUGAACAGUAUUCACUGCUAAUGUUGCUGUGUGAACUAAUGGUACUGAGACAGCGUGUUGCCUGUGUGCCUUAUCGCAUGAAGGAGGGAGAAAUCCCUAUCCUAAUUUGGCUCUCAACUCUGUGUUUGCAUUGCACAUACACGUUAAAAGGGUGAAAAAAACUGGCUGAAAACAAAGAAUAAAAAAAGGAUGCAGCCCUGAAAUGGAAGAAGCUGCUGUUUUACCAUCGGGUCAAACAAGGGGAUUUGCAACUUGCAGAGGAAACAAAGCCAAGCUCCAUCCACUGCUACCUGCUGUUGAUAUGAUGGAAAUGGCAGGUUUUUGGCUAAAGAGAACAACCUUGGCUACCUGUGGAUAGUUCCACUGCUAUCAAGAAAAGCUUUUUUUCUCUAGAGGGAGCACCUCUGCGUCUGCGGCUGAAGAUGUGCGUUUUGUUACUGUGGAACCCAAAUCCCCCAACAAACCUCCACUGCAAGAUUUCAAAACACAAAACCCAGUAACACUUUGAGUGCAGAGCUGUAGGACAGGGAGGGCUCAGCUGAAGUCUUUUCUUGAACAACUAAGCAAAGAAUGUUGUUGUUGGGGUUCCCAAAACUUGGGAGUUUGGAGUAUUUAAUUGUCUUGGUUUGUAGGGCUCACUUGUGUUUGAUUUUUCUUGGUUUAUGUGGUUUUAUUUGUAAACUCUAACUCUGCACACUCCUCUCCACUGUCUCCCCCUUUUUCAUUCUCUCUCUAAAUUCUCUUGUCUAGGGCACAUCCCAUGCAGAGCAGGAUAAUGAAUAAAGGGAGGAUUGUGAUUUUGGUAUCUGCAUAUGGCAUUAAGAGAGAUCAAUUAAAAAUUUGCUAACUAUUCCACUGUUCAUAUUUUCAAAGAUGUUGAAAAAAUAGAGAUUGUGCAGUAAAAAGACAUAAAAAAAUUACUUCAGGGAGGAAGAAAAUGGUUUACAGAUGAGUCUGUUCAGCUUACAAUGAAAAUCAAGAGGCAAUCAGAUUCCUUUACAGGGAGGAGAAGUUUAUAUUAACAAGUUUUUAAAUUGAACAGAGAAAGAUGUACAAAUAUCCAUCCAAUGUGUGGAACUGAAACUACACAAAAUCAAAUAAAGUAAACCAUGGAUUUUAAAACUGUGAGACUGGUUAAUCCUAACCAGACCAGUGAUGUAAGCCCCAUCACUUUAAUGCCUUUUUGAUUUAACAGAUAAUUUCUGGAGGAAAUAUUUUAACUCAUAACAAGUUGCUCUGUGUAGGAGUCUUGGGUGAAAUUAGGAGCCUGACCACGAUAUCAAACCGGAUGACAUAAGGGCUCCUUGUGGCCUUGAUCCUAGAGAAUACAGAAAGGAGUCAUUUUUGGUGCAUUGAGUAGAUCUGAACUCUUUGUUAGAUCCUUGUUCCACCGCACUUCUGACAGCAGCUGCUCCCAGAGAGGACUUGAAGGGGGCCAACUGCCCUGUACAAGCUGACUUAGCGCUAAGGUAAAUCUUGCUCCAGUAUUCUGCAGAACAGUAGGAACAUGCUCAGUGCUCCACGCAAGUAGAGUGACAUUUGAUUGAUGCCUGUGAGUUCUGUGACUUGGGUCUUAGUUUUCCUUGAGCUUAUCCUUUUGUCAGCUGGGAGUAUUUGUUAACUGCUGGUAAACGCUGAAAUAGCCAUCUAGCUUGGUAGAUGUGGACACAAAAGACUUACGGCUGUAGGCAGUAAACUUUUGUUACCUGUCUUUGUUAGCUGCUUAGGGUCUACACCUUCACGUUGCUUGCUCUGUGGCUAUAAUUUGUAUCUUCACCAGUUACUGACCA